AUGGCGACACAUAUUGAACCCGACAACGACAUCGAAAGAGUCAACGAUGGGUAUCCUGAACAACCCGAAUUUCUGAAAGCAGACAGGGCACCCAUUGACACAGGCACCUUGCAACGACGCCUGAAGUCAAGACACAUUCAGUUCCUUGCUCUCUCUGGCGCUAUUGGUACAGGCCUUUUCGUGAGUACAGGCCAGGUACUUUCGCUGGCUGGCCCCUUGUCUGCGGUACUUGCGUACCUUAUCACAGGCUUCAAUCUGUACGCAGUGAUCAACAGCAUGGGUGAAAUGGCAACAUGGCUUCCCAUACCUGGUGCUGUCCCAGUAUAUGCAUCCCGGUUUGUUGAUGAAGCCCUGGGUUUCACUCUGGGCUGGAACUACUGGUAUCAGUUUGCCAUUGGCGUCCCUAUCGAAAUCAGCGCAGCUGCUCUAGUGAUCGAGUACUGGCCCAACGGUAUCUCCCCCGUCGUUUGGAUCACCAUCCUCUAUGUCGUCAUCUUUGCCGUCAACUGCCUUCCCGUGCGAGUUUAUGGCGAAGUCGAAUUCGUCCUAGGGUCGAUCAAGCUCACAACCAUUGUGGGCUUGAUGCUGCUCAUGUUCAUCAUCACACUUGGCGGCGCGCCAACGCACGAUCGCAUCGGAUUCCGCUACUGGCAGCAUCCGGGUCCUAUGAAUACGUACCUGAAAGAGGGGGAUCUCGGUCGCUUUCUCGCCUUUUGGAAAGUCUUCAUCCAGGCAACGUUCAGCUACGGGGGCAGCGAAAUGGUGGUCGUUGCAGCAGGCGAGACUGAAAACCCGCGGCGCAAUAUCCCAAAGGCCGUGCGUCGUGUCUUUUGGCGCAUUGCCAUCUUCUAUGUUGGCAGCGUCUUCCUUGUCGGUCUAUGCGUUUCGUCUCGAGAUGGCCGGUUGCUGAAUGCUAUUGCCUCAGGGGCGGCAGGCGUAGGGGCAAGUCCUUUUGUGAUUGCGAUCGAGAAUGGAGGCAUUCGCAUACUGCCCUCCAUCAUCAACGCCGUCGUACUCACAUCAGCAACAUCUGCUGGUAUCUCAUUUUUCUAUGCGUCGACACGAAUCCUUUAUUCGACGGCAUUGGAUGGAAAGGCACCGCGGGUGCUCCGCUUCGAGAGAUUCGGUGUGCCAUAUGCCUGUGUUGCCGUGACUGCCGCGUUGAGCCUGCUGAUUUAUCUCAACGUCUCGUCAAGCUCGGCCGAAGUGUUUUUCUGGAUUAGCAACCUCAGCUCUGUAAGCACUCUGAUCGUGUGGACCUCAAUCUGUGCAACCUAUAUUCGUUUCUACCAAGGGCUGAAACAUCACGGCAUCUCACGAUCCUCUCUUCCGUUUAAAUCACCUUUUCAACCUUUCAUGGCAUACUUUGCUAUAGUCUUUUCCACGACUGUGGCAUUUUUCAAUGGCUUUGACGCUUUCUUCCCAGGCCAUUUCACCGCCAAGGCCUUCAUCCCGCCUUAUAUUGACAUUCCCAUUUUUGCUUCCCUUUUCUUGGGAUACAAAUUUGCCAAAGGAACAAGUUUUGUCAAGAAGGACGAUAUGGAUUUCUGGUCUGGCAAAGAAGAGGCCGAUCAACUGGAAUCCACGUGGGUUGAGCCUAAGCCUCGCAACUUUCUUGGUAAGUCCAUUCCCUCUAUACUCUGCUCUGGUCGUCUGACGAUGAUGCUUAUGACGUUUUUGGUUUUUCAGAGCGAAUGUGGUUUUGGAUUGCGUGAUUCGAAAGAAACCGUUUGGCCCGGGCUGGAGCAUCCCUUUGUGAUGCGGGCAAUUUGCGUCCAAAUCCCGCUCUGA